ACUCUUGGAAGACGGCAUUUUUUUUCCGGACAGGCUUUUGUCUUCGCUUUUUGAUAAUCAAAGACAGAUUACAAAGAGAACUUGUUUAUUUCCUUGUGUUAUGUGCCAACAGGGACAGAGAUGUAGAAAUGGUCACAUUGAAUUGAGGGGAUUAACAUACCACUGCCUCUUUUUUUUAUUGGAAUUCGUUGCAGACAUGGCUGUUUAAGAAAAGAUAAAUUUGUAUGUGUGAUACAUAUCUUAAAAGAAAUGUGGCCAUUUGGGGCACCAUGUCGUACAGGAAAAGGAAAAGGGCCCAAAGUCUGGCCACGCCUCGACAGGCCCGCCCGCAUUUUGAUGAACAUGAGCUCAAGAAAUCACCGUCAUUGAGGUCUCUUACUGGUUUACUAAAGAAGAAAGAUAAAGACAAUGAAACUGAAGGAGUAUUUACAAAAAGGCGAUCUGCCAGUGUGCUCGGCCUCGCGACCACGCCCGACAGCGACAGACACCCAAGGCCGCAAAGGACAACGGAAGACACGGAUGUGACCUCACCGACCCACGGCCGGAAGAUAGGUCGGCUGCUCGACAUCAAGCCCGAUCGUACACAGGUCAUUGAACUUGUCAAGCCACCCAAUGGGCCGUUUGGGUUCUACAUCGCCAAGGGAACUUCAGCAAAUGGAAACGGUAUCUUUGUAACGAGGCUCGGUGAUGGCCAUCCAGCCAAGAUCCUGGCGGGCCUCCUUCAGGUCGGUGACGAGAUCCUUGAAAUCAACGGUCAGGACAUCAGGAGAAAGAAACUUGAUGAUGUCUAUGACCUCAUGAUGGACAAUGAUUCUUUGGUGCUUCACGUACGACCUUUGAAGUCAAGGUCGGAUUAUGGGUCAUGAGGCCGGUGACCCUAGAAACGAACUCCAGGUCAGAUUAUUGGUCACGAGAUCAAUGGCCCCAGAAACUGUGCACUUGCAGGGUUGGAUGAAGCCAAGAGCAAAAGGACCAGGAACUAGCUCUGACCGAGAAGUAGACUUGCCAGUCGCAACGUCAAGGUUGCCAGUAACCAGGACUCUUGGAGCCAUCCUGAAUCUAUAGGAUAUGACUGUAAAUUGUUCUGAUACGUUCCACUUGCAACGUUCAGAGCUUACCACUGCUGCAUCGAGAGGCUGUCUAAGUGUACAUGCUGCCAUCUUGAUUAGCAUUAGAGAAUGAUGAUGUCUUUCAAGUCCUUCUUGAUGUGGACAUUGAUAGAAUGAGAGCAAUAAGGUUUUAAAAUAACCAGGACUCUUGGGCCCAUCCUGAAGUGUUGGAGAUAAUAGUCGAAUAGUUCAUUCUAGCACCAACAAGUCGGCAAAAGGGGCCAAGAUAUCGAACGGUGGAUAGGUCGUCUUUCCACUGAAUGUAUUUCAUCUGCCACGUGCCAAAGAGAUGUCUCUUGUUUAACCCAUUGCCUAUUGGAACUGAGUGGUCCCUGUACAGAGUCUAUGGGAAUCACAGAAUUCAGUAGUCAUCGGGGUCAGAGAAGGGAUUGAAUGCCCUUAUGGCUUUUCCCGAUAAUUUGUUCUGUUGAAUAUAAAACAAUUUUGUCGAGUCUCACUUUUUGGAACCUGACAAGAACACUUGAAGUUGUUUAUGAAUAAUCUGUAGAGAUUGGUAUUAAGCCUGUCAGACUUCAUGGAAAAACCACAUGGCUCAAGUAGGGAAUAUGCUAACUUUUAUAAAAUUAACAAUAAAGCUAGACUCAGAAUCUCUUCCGUAAAGACCCUGUUAACCUUCUAGCAGCACCAGAUUGAUAUCUAUGGCACGGUUCAAAUUUUGCAUGUGAAUUGGGCCUUUUGUCACCGCAUCUGUUAGUAUAUAAAUAAAUAGUACACAUCAGGGAGGGCAAUGGUAAGAAAUACCCAUACAAGAUAUUUAUGCAACGGUUCUGAAUAUACACCGCAGGCGAUAUCUAAGGGUAAUUGGACUGUUUUGAGGGUACAGUGUGUGGGUAAUUAGACUAAUACCCCAACAAAACAAUGUUCAUUAUUUGCUUUAUAAAAUACAAAUGUGUAUCCUUGUUAGCCGAUAGACCGCCUAUCGCCUCCAGCCCUCCACACAGUGACCAGUCAUUAUAUUUUACCUAUGACCGCUCGUAACCGGUCAUUAAAAGAUCUUGCAAAAAUGAAUGCCUGAUCAUGUGUGCAUUCACAACUAAUCAUUUCUUAGGAUACCAAGUAUUCCUUAGAAUCUUCUUUUUCAUCUUUAUUAUGAUCAUUGAAUAUGAAAUAUUGCCUUUUCAGUCUAUAAUAAUGAUAUGUCUUUCAUCUUAGUAAUGUCAACAUGAUAUAUAUAUAUGCAAAAGAGCUAACAUAUUUCUAUAAAAUAAUCUUGCAACGCAAUAUGAUCGGACACCUUGAAAACUUUCAAUGCUUCCAAAUGAAAGAGUUGAAAUUUGUCAUUUCGGAGUCUUGGGGUGUAGACUUUAAAUGUGUUAAACUAAACAUGUUGACACUAAGAUGAGUUGAUGCAUUGCAAGAUGAUUUGUGUAAAGUCUCCAUUCCUCCACAAUACAUUAGGAAGAAACAAAUCACAGAAAUGGGACAUUUAACACUGAAAAUUUAGAAAUCAAUAAAUUCUGAAGAAAAAAAACCCUUAAAAUUGUGAUUAAAUUACAAAAAUCAAUCUAAAAUCAAUCUUUAAGUAUAUAAUACAAAGUAGCAAAAGGAUACUAAUCACCCUGGCCAAACCCUCUAUGGGGUGCCUCUGCCGACCAUCUUUUUCAUUACCAUGGCAACCGCUGUUCCAUUUUAUCUAAAUUUUAAUGCGACUUUACACAGAUGGCCAUAAUGUACGCUAUCUAUAUAGAUGAUUUUGUGUAGCAAAGAAAAUCAUUGAAAACACAAAUUUCAGAAGUGUAAUUUACAUUUUGUCAAACCGAGAAAUGGGGACUUUACAUCCGUGCUUUAACCACUGGAAAAUCAUACCCUGUAUGGACCCUAUCCUGGGCAACAUACUGAAAUUAAUAUCCACUAGUCGAUGUGGAAACGAAAAGUUGUGGUCUUGUCGUUUAGUUAUGUGUCAAUGUAUGUCGGUGAUAUGAGUGAUACAGCUUAUUUUCUCAAAGCAAGCGAUGAUUUCAAAUUCGGUGGUGUUGUUAGUGUUGAGAAUGUGAAUCAGGCUGCCUAACAUAGCACCAACCCUGCAUGUUGGCUUGCAAUGUAGGUUUUCAGGCAAAAUGGCCAUAAUUUUCUUAGAUGGUUUUGAAUCUGUGUCUAUAACUAUGAUUUGUGGAGGUUUCAUGCAUUCAUUACGCUUGAUUUAGGUCAUAUUUUGAGAAAAAGUCCAGUGGAAAAAAAUGCAAAACAAUGUCAGAGGGAGUCAAUUUCAUGCUUGUUACUAAGGUAACAGCAUUAAUAAAGAGCCCGCUAGUUUGAAUUAAAUUAGUUCACCCACUCUUUAUGUAAAUCAAGGUACAUAUAACGGUUGACUCAGGAACGAGAUCAACAUAGUAAGGAGCAUGAAUUCAGCACCAUGUGACAAAAACCUGUCUUCAUUAUUUAUUCAUUCUUUCUUAAUAUUUGCACUGAGUGAAGUGCAAUUAAUGCAUAAAGUUUGCAGAAACCAUUGUUUCUGACCACUGAUUCAAGACCACCUAUGUGAAAUUAGGUCUUCAUGCCGACUUAAAGAAAUAUCAUAAUUGCACCAACCACUUAAAAAUGUAAUUCAGUAGUUAAUAGUAGUUUCUUUUCUACCGGAUAUGUGUUGUAACACAUAUGAAACGCUCUUAUAUUUCUUUGCAUAUGACGUUACAUUAUUAGUCUUCCAAAUCCCUUUCGAACUUGGCUGAUCAUUUCUUGUAUACACACCAUGUAAUUCAUUAGUUAAUGGGUCAUGUUUCACGAGAACAUGCAAUCAAUUACACGUCACACGCUGCUGUUAUUAGCCUUUGAAUCCCUAUCUUAUGAUUGGCUGUAAGCACACUUUGACAUCGAGUUGUAGCAGUUGCUAUUGAUAAUAGGUUUCUGUGAAACAAGCCCCUACUUGGGAAAUGUCUUUCAAUUCAACUAAAAAAUAUGCCUUAUUUUAAAUUUCUUACUUGUUUUCAAGCAUUUCACUAGAUGCAAAUAUGCAUCUUUUUUCUAUGACACACAAAUUAACUAUUUCUUGUGUUAUUUGGUAAAGUGGUAUUAAUUGCAUUUAGUGUUUCUUUUCUCGUCAAACUAAAAAAUAACGCACUUGUAGCUUUCAUCUUCCAUUUUCCUCUUUGCUUAUUUCAAUAUUUGUGAACCACAGAAUGUGAAAGACAUUUGCACAAAACAUACACAACAUUCCAGAUAGUAGAUAGUAGUAGAAAAGUACCUGAUUAGAUCACAUCUUCAGCCCACGAAGGAUUAAAAGUUAAUUUUUUUUUUCAAACAUUUUCUUACUCCUUUUUUUUUGGCAAAAAGAAGCUGCUGAAAACUGCUUAUCUAAUAAAAGAGAGCCAAUGGAGUAAAUUAUAAAGUCAAAAAGGGGCCUAAGCUUUCGAUCCUAGCAGAAUCUUCGUCGGAGGCAAAAUGACCUUUUGUCCUUUUUUUUUGUUUAGUAUAUUUGCAAGUUAAAGGUCCACAGAGACUCCCAUAUUCACAUGCAUAGAGAAAAAAAAAGUAUUUCAUUAAUUAUAGAUUUUUGCAGAUCUGUUGACACUUGAUAAUUAUUAGAAUGAUCAAUAUUUAAAUCGUUAAAUUGGCAACAUAUUGAAAUCUCCUUAAUUGCAUGAACACAAAAUUCUCAAUGGCCAUUCCAUUUAUCUCAAAGUGUUAUUCAUACAUACCUUUCUCAUAUUUUUAACAAGACAUUUAUGUCUAAAUAAUAGCAUUUGAAUUACAAAUAUUGCCAAUUUGAUGUGAAAAGAUUAUAAGGAUUGUUGAUGGGCGAAGAGAAAAAAAUGAAGGAAGUUGGAUGUCAGUUUGAUUUUGUCAAUUGUAUUUUUUCGGACAUGCUGUGUUUCUUGUAGCUCAUUUCAUGUUGCAGGUGGGUUUUCUUAUUUUUUAUGGGAGAAAAAAAUCAAAGAUACCGUACGUAAAGUAUACUUCAAACUAACAUAUGAUUUUUUUUCAUGUUGAAAAAAGUACAUUCUAUUUGGUGAUGUGUCUUUUAUUCAAGUUAAAUGUUCCCUUACAACUUAGCAUAGUCUUUUUCCUGUUGUAAUUGGAUUGCUUUUCCUCAAAGUUGCUGGCAGUUUUGAGGGAAAUAUUUCAACAUUUACCUUUGCAGUUGUUAAUACAUAUUUCAUGUAAAAAUAAUUCAGUAAUAUUCUUAUAAAUAUAUCAGGAUUUUUUAAUAUUCUGAUUAUUUGUAUUUAUUUCAUAUUCUAAAGGAAAUAACUUAUGUGCUUUUGCAAUAAACAAUGCGUGUUCUAAGUGGAACUUUGCAUUUAUAUUACUAGUAAUUGAAAUUGUUUGCAAUACCUAUAUUCUUUUGUGUAAAUUUCAUGGUUACUAUUUAUAUGAGUUCCUAAGUAAUGGCUCUUGCCUCUGAUUUAGAGGAUGUUUCAUAAAAUUGUUUGUAAAGUUAUGGACAAAUUUUAUGGCUUAUUCAAAUGUGGCUAGCCACUUGUUUGUCUUAAUGACAUUUGCCGAUGUUGAAAUAUGUAGAUGUUCAGUAACACAUGCACUGUCCUUUAAACAUAUUUCCAAACAUAUUUUGCCCUAUAUGUGUAAAUUAGUUAGAAACUAAGUCAUACUUCGUUAAUAUGGAAUGUAAACUUUUGUGCUUUCAUUUUAGUAGUGCAUAUUCAAAUUACUCAUAGAAGCAUUCAUAACUUUACAAUCAAUUUUAGGAAACCCCCUCCCCCGACAUGUAUCCAUCUUGCUGUCUCCUUGGGUAAAAACUUCCAGAAUGAAAUCAUGUAAUUCGUGUGGAAUUAAAAUGAUUAAUUCACUUUUAAAAACAUAUCUCAAAACUUCGUUUUCACCGUGGGAAUAAGAUAUGUGUGAUUUUGAAUGAAUUUUCUAUAUCUUUUUGUGCAUGUAUAGGCCUAUUAAUGUGUGACUAUUGUUCAUCAUCAUGUAGAAAAAUUGUAUACUUAUAGGCCGAGAUUUUCAAAAGACAUUUAAAACAAGAAGGGGUGGACUAUACAGAGAUCAUUCAUAAUUGUUCUUAAGUCGGCACGUACACUAAAGAAAUCUUUAAUAAAAAGGCAUGUUUGGCUCAGGGCACUAAAUUCACAUUUGUUGGUAUGGUUUUGUACCAUGAGGUAUGUAGAUUAGCGCAUUGUAUUUAAAUCAAUUCACAUGUACCAUAGUACAAAUGUCAUAUUAAGUUUGAAAUUAAGUGCCCUGGCCAUAUUUAUUGGACCUUUCAUGAUAUAUGCACUGAAUUAAGCACAAUUUUACACAAAAUCUAUACAGUCCAAUUAACCCAUUUAGUUUUUAAACAUCUGUUGUGAAUUCAGGCCGUAGAGAUUAUGUGAAAAAUGAAAUUAAUAUCUAUCUAUUUACAAUUUGUACCUUUGUAAAAUUGUGUGUAUUCUAAGAUUUAUAUGUUGUAUUUUGUACAUAGUCAAAAGAAAAAGUAUUGUAAUUAUGUAGAUUCUUGCAUGAUAAUGAAUCCAAGGCAAAAAUAAAAUUGUAUGUUUUGGGAAUUCAUUUUAA